CUUCAUUUGUGGCUUGAUGGGCACGUGUGUGCGCGUUGACUUCGUGUCAAGUCCUCCGUUACAAAUACUCCAGUCUCUCCGUACAAGAUCAACAGGUGUUUGUUCUCAGCCUUCAAAAUUGAAUUCAGGAGCGUCGAAAUCCACGACUGAGUUGUCUUGCAUUCGAUCCUUCUUCUUCCAUUGACUCUCGCCCGUCUGAGAGGCCAUUCUGCUACACAAUACCAAACAUCACACCAUCUCAUUGUGGAACCCGUCACAGAGAUUGACAUUUCUGAAAUAGCCAACAUGGGCCAACGACAUCAAAUUUUUGUCAUUGCUAAGAUUGGCAAGGCUUGGCGCAGUUUUGGCUGUGUCCAUUUGCAGUUCGCCUGGUCUGUCGAGUGGGAGGAGGGUAUCAAAGUUGUCAAGGAGUUUGAAGCAUAUGGCAUGAUCGACACUGCCACACUGAGUGCCACUUGGCCGGGUAUUUGGAGAGAUGAAGGGCACACAGGCUCUAGAGACGAUCAAGAUGAUUCGGAAUACAUAUACAUAUCAAACAAUUCGGACACUACCCUCCAACUACAACAAGUUAUCGAAGAGGCGUUCUCAACUUCUACGACACAGCUUCCGGAUCUGCUGAAAAGUGUCGAGGACAAGUCACAGUUCUGGCGCGCCUUGAUCGCCCAGGUAUACUCAACUCCGACGCUCGUAGAACGUUCAUUGACAGCUUCAACGUUAUUGCGGACUGCCUUUCGGAAUAAACGAACUGUGGACCUGAGUCCCUUCAGUCUCAACGAAGAACAAAUUUUUGAAAUACUUUGUCGUGGUACGAAGAAGACGAGGAUACACACGUUGAGCCUAUCUGGCAAUCAAAAAUUGAAUGAAAAGCUCCUCGAGGAUAUCCUCAGCCGCCAUCAAUCGCUCGAGGUUGUCCACCUUCUCAAUACGCCUCAAAUCCGGUUGGAGACUAAGCUCAGUGUCUUUAGGGACCACAACAAGACGACAUCCACAUACUUCCUUGAUACUGAACUCCUCGCUGAGCCUUUUCUGACAGGGCCAGGAUUCGGCCUCCCACAAAAACAUUUUCCCUUGAGUUACUUCAACAAAAACAUAAAUCAAAUGGUCAUCUUAGCCAGCAAUCCCAGAGCUAGACUGGAGCGCUUACCUUGCGGUGGACUUUCCCUUGACUAG